AUGAUAAUCCGUCCAUUAUUCUUCUUGAUUGUUUCCAUUUUUGCCACAACUUCUGCCCAACAGCAACCACAACAAUGCGGCUUAGAAUCUCCAGAAAUCAAGUCAAUGAAGCCAUCAUUCGGUGGAAUCAGUGGAUUUUAUAAUAUCGCAAAAGGCAUUUCAGACGGAUUGCAGAAUACUCCCAACUCGAAAACCUAUAAUGAUUUGAAUAACUUGAUAUUCGGAAGUGGAGCAGUUACAUAUGAUCAGGUCAUCACUGAUAUGGUUGUCAAUCAGAUCGGAGCAAUUAUCUUUUGGAGUGUUGGAUUCGUUUUUGUAUUGGCUGCCCUCGUUCUCGGAAUUGCCACGUGUAUCUGGCAGUGUUGCUACUCAUGUGUUCCAAAAGAAACGUCAACUCGUUCCGAAAUCACAGGAUAUGUUUAUGCAGUGCUUCUCUUCUCCGCUUUCUCAUUCAUCCUCACCGGAUUGGUUUUAUUCAAUGUUGCUGAAACGAAUCUCAUUGAUUCGGUGGAUAAUGGAAUGGUUUAUACAAAUCAAAUAUCUGGAGAUUUAAAUAAUGUAAUUCAAAAUGGAACUGACCAAAUCACUUGUGAAGUCACUGCUACAACUUCUCAAACAUUCACAAAUAUGAACUCUCUGAUCCAAAAUUAUUCUUCGAAUGUAGUCGAUGGAACGAAGGAUCAAGUCGGAAUUACUGAAGUUAACAACUUCAAUCAGACAGCUUUCGCAAACGCGAACACUGCUACAACAAACGCUGCGAACGAAUUGAAGACAAGUCUACAAAAUGUGAAAUCGAAUGAUGAGACGUGCAAUAAGAAUAUGGAAACAUUGAACGGUCAAUUCACUCCAGUCGUCACUACUCUUACUGGAUUAACAGCAGCUUCUCAAGAAGUCACAAAGUCUGAUGAUCUUACCAAAUUACUUGAACAAAUCUCUGCAAUUCAAACUGAAGUCCAAUUACAAGCCAAUCAAGCAUCUGGAGCUAUCAAUGGAACACAAGAUCAGAUAAAUCAAUCAAUGAGUUCAAUUACUGAAAUGCUUACAAAUGUUCAACAAGAUAUCAAUAGUGUUAUCAAUUCAUUGAAGUCUGCUCAUCGGGAUUUAGUUACAUCGAGUGCCUACACUGCUGUAAAGAUUGGAAUUCGUUUGGCUGUGACUAUUCCAGCAUGUAUUGGAUGUUGUUUCUGCAUUUUGGCAUUUGUUGUAGUGAUUAUGUCCCUGAGGGAGCCAGAUGGAAUGGCAAUGAAACUAUCAGUAGCCGUCCUCAGUGCUUUCUAUUCAACAAUCAUCAUUUCCAUCAUUCUUCUUCUCUUCUCUAGUCUUGCUUUUGUUUUGGGAUGGUUCACUUCAGCUAUGUGUGUUCCUAUAUUCGAGGAUCCAAACUAUCAACUAUUCCAUCUUAUGAAUCAGACAAUUGCUCCAGUUCAACCAAAUGGAUCUCCAGAUGUUAUCAAUAUCGGAGAUGUUCUCCAUUCAUGCAACGACCACUCCAUGACUCUCUACACUGCAAUUGAUGGACAAAUCGUAAUCUCUGCCAACUCGAUUUCACAACAACUCAAUCUUGACACGUAUCGGAUAGCAGCUGAUAAACAGAUCAUGCAGCAACCGAACGUUUCUUUCACACUUAAUCCAGCGUGGCAGGUACCGAAAUUAAUAAAUGAACUCGAUACGAACACCCAAAAUGCGAAAGCAGCUGUACUGGAUUCUUGUGGAGAUAAUGAUGCAAGUGCUAAGUAUAAGACAUAUGUUGACAAUCUUAUGUUCUCGAACACAUUGUCGGCUCAAUUCUAUGGAAAUCUUCAAAAUUUGAGCACGAAUUCUCCAAAUACGACUUUAAUUGCGACCCAACAAAACGAUAACUACUUCCAACAAGGAGACUUGUCAAUUAAUCAAUCAAUUAGCAUGUUGAUGGAAAAUUUGGAAAAAAACGUAUUCAAGUGUCGUCCACUUGUCGACAUCUACAAUAACGGAGGAUUCGUAAUGUGUGAACAAUUUGGAAAACCAAUUCAAGGAAUGUGGGCUGGAAUCGGAUUGGCUGGAAUCUUUUUGUUCUUCUUGUCAAUUCUCUUGCUUUUAACUUAUCGUUGGUUGAAGACAAACAGUGAGAAAGGAAGUGGGGCAGACUAUAUUUAUGGUCAACAUUCCAAUGGCACCAGAAAACUUGGAGAACACAACAAAAUUCAAACUUCUGAUGAGUAUGAUAUUUUCACCAAACCAGUGAUAAGUUCCACUUCGAAUACCGGAAGACGUCUCCCAAGAGUCAGACCUUAUGAUAUGGAUGUAGUUCAACCGACCGAAUACGACUACGAGCAAACAGCUGCACAGAUGCAACGUGUACAAGUACUUCCAGACGAGAGACAUCCCAAUAUGUCACCGAGUUAUUUUGAUACGCAAAAUUAUGGAACAAGAAACACUCGAUUCAAUGACGUCGAUUUGUUCGACAAUCAGAGUAACAACUCAAGUACGCAACGAGGACUUCGGAGAAUGUGA